AUGAACCUUGUUCAAGGAAUUUAUAUUAUGAUUCAUAUUGGUCAGAUGUUGGUUCCAGCAUCUUUAAAAGAUAUGUCAUCUUUUGUAGAUGAUAUAGAAUUAUCUUUAAGAGUACAAGAUAUUUUUCGCAAAUCUUAUGAAAAUUUUUAUCCCAAGCUUU